GUGAGCUCGAGAUCGCAUCAUGCAAGCCUGUCUGGCCAGAAUUGCCAACUUGAAACUUUGAGGCAAGUGGUUCUAACCGGGCCUGGAUCUCCCUUCAUAAAGCAGUCGAAAACCGAUAUUAAGCGCGCUCAUCAGGCCGCGGAUAAUAUUCUGGAUCGCAGGUGAACUAAAGUGCCAGCCAAACCCCCAUCUGUCAUAGCCUACGGAGCCAGCCGCCCUUGCAAAUGCAUUCAACAACGUGUAUCACCAGAACUCUCAGCAGAACACCCCGUAUCAGACUCACACCGCGAUGGCGACCACUGGGGAGACGACUGUUGCACGCCAGAGCAACUGAAUAUCUACAAUGCAAUGAUCCGGAUCUGACGGAAUCGCAACGUCUGGUUCGGACAUCCAUCGCAAAGAUAUGUGCCAACUUCCCCGAUGAAUACUGGGCCAAGCAAGAGGAGUUAAAGAAGUUCCCGACCGAGCUCUACGAUACUCUUGCGAAAGAUGGCUGGCUGGGGAUAUGUAUGCCUGAGCAAUAUGGCGGAUCGGGGCUGGGAAUUGCAGAGGCGGCUGUUAUGAUGCAGACCAUUUCCGAGUCUGGUGGUGGCAUGACGGCAGCAUCAUCCAUCCACAUGAAUAUCUUCGGUCUCGAACCAGUGGCCAAGUUUGGCACCGAAGAACAGAAAGAACGCUGGCUCGUCCCUCUCAUUGCGGGCCGGGAAAGAGCCUGCUUUGGUGUGACUGAACCCAAUACAGGUCUAGAUACCUUGAAGCUUCAAUCUUCCGCUACGCGCGACGGAGAUGACUAUGUCUUGACUGGAUCCAAAAUCUGGAUAUCGACGGCCCAAAACGCACAAAAGAUGCUUAUAUUGACUCGGACGACACCACUCGAUCAAGUGAAGAAACCUUCGCAGGGCCUGUCGCUGUUCUACACCGACAUGACCGAUGCAGUCGAGAUAACAGAAAUUCCAAAAAUGGGGAGAGCUGCUGUGGACACUAACACGUUAUUUUUCGAUGGCUGGAGGGUCCCGGCAAGGGACUUAGUCGGCAAGGAAAAUGAAGGCUUCAAGAUGAUCAUGCACGGUAUGAAUGCAGAAAGAAUCCUCAUCGGUGCCGAAGCUUUGGGGCUCGGCUAUACAGCUCUCAGGAGAGCCGCCAUCUACGCCAGCGAGCGACACGUUUUUGGUCGACCGAUUGGAAAGAACCAAGCGAUUCAGCACCCACUGGCCGACAGCUGGAUGAAGCUAGAAGCUGCCAGACUUAUGCUAUAUCACGCAGCAAAGAUGUACGACCAGGGCUAUGACUCGGGUGAAUAUGCCAAUGCAGCAAAAUACCUGGCCGCGGAGGCCGCGUUCGAAGCAUGCGAGCGAGCUGUCAUGACGCAUGGUGGUAUGGGCUACGCCAAGGAAUAUCACGUCGAACGGUAUCUGCGCGAGGUCUUUAUCCCUCGUAUUGCGCCCGUCAGUCGGGAGAUGAUCUGUAACUACAUAGGCGAGCGGGUUUUGGGAUUGCCAAAAUCCUAUUGA